AUGUAUAGAUAAUCUAAAUAAAUCUGCAAAAACCAUUUAAAUUGAAGACCUACAACGAAUUAAAUCAAUACCCAAUUAAGCACCUAGAUUCCAGUAUCGGUCAUAAUACGAUAGCAAAAAUAACGAGCACUUAUUAUCAUAAAUACAAGUACAAUGUAGGUAUAUCUACAAUUACGUCUAGAUAAAGUAAAGUAAUUGAUUGAUUAAUCAUUUUUUACUUAAAUGUAAGUACAAGGAACACUAUCGCUAUGGUGCUGGGCUUUACUACCGAAGAAUUGGAGAAAUACGGCGGUACAGAUGAAAAGGUGAAGCGGUUGAAGAAAUGGCUACCCGAAGAAAAGCUGCCCCCUCUUACGAGUGAACAAAUUCUAUUGUUUCUGAUUAAAGAGGAAGAAGACGUGGAACGAGCGAAAGCAGCGAUCAAGAUUUCUUACCACUGCAAAAGGAGCCUGCCUAAAGUGUUCAACAAAAGAAAAUUGGACCAAAGUUUUUACGAUGUCUUCCAAGUUUGUUGUAUGCCCGAGAAAACCGAAGACGGCUGCGUUAUAAUAUACGUAUCUCUGAUUGACGGUGACUACAGAAAGUUUAAUUUGGACGAGUUUUUUAAAGGACUGUUUAUGGUGUUUGAAGCUGAAGUGUACCAUCAACCCAUCAAUGGCAUAAAACUAAUUGUAAACAUGGAAAACGGAGGAAUGUGGCACUUCGCCAAAUUAAAAUUCUUCACUCUGAAGACAAGCGUUGAGUAUUUUCAGAGUGGAACGCCAGUCGCGAUCAAGGAAAUUCACUGCCUCAACACAAAUUUUUUCUUCGAGAAGAUACUGGUUUUAGUGCGACCCUUCGCCGAUAAAGUAUUUCUCAGCAAAGUGUCACAAACCUGGGAUGAGUUGGGAUGAAUUUCACGCGAAUCAUAUUUCGAAAGAAUACCUACCGAAAGAAUUAGGAGGCACGCUACCCCCCACCGACGAGCUACAAAAGGAGUACAUCAACAAAUUGAACAAUCUUCAAGAGUAUUUCUUGAACGAAGAAAUGCAACGUGCUCGUAU